GAGCCAAUUGCGAAUGCUGUAAAGAAAGAUUUUAACAAACCCAGAAUGGAGGUUUACCUUACCGAGUUCGGCCAAGCUGUUGCUGAACUAAACAAUGUACUUGCGAAUCUGGAUUCUGUUCUCAAGCCAACCUCACCAUCUUCGCUUCCAAUAAACUUCUCAACUUUAACCAUACAGAUUGAAAAAAUUGCCUUAGGUACAGUCUUGAUUAUCUCACCAUUCAAUUAUCCACUGAUUCUUGCAAUUUCACCAUUAAUUGGAGCAAUCGCUGGAGGCAACAAUGUUAUUUUGAAGUUGCCAUUUGAUCAGCUACCAAAUUUCUCCACGGUUAUGAAAAAUGUAAUUGAAGCCGCUUUACCGAAAGAUCAAGUCGCUGUUGUCAAUGGGGGAAUUCCUGAGUCUGAGUAUCUUUUGAAUGAGUGCAAGUUUGAUAAAAUUUUCUUCACAGGCUCUACAAAUGUGGGAAAAAUAGUUUAUGAAGCAGCAAGUAAGAACUUGACCCCAGUCGUUCUUGAACUGGGUGGUAAGUCCCCUGCAUUUGUGACGAACAACGUUGAUAAGAAGUCAAUCAGAACUUUAUUGGAUCGCUUACUAUGGGGUAAAUUCACGAAUUCAGGACAGACCUGUGUUGCUCCAGACUAUUUACUAGUUGAAGAUUCAGUUUACGACGAUGUACUUGAAACAUUAUUGCAGAGCUAUCAAUCUACAUAUGCUGAGCUUGAUGAAACUUCCGACUUUACUCACAUCAUUAACAAAAAAGGUUUUCUCAGGUUGGAUGGUUUAAUCAAACAAACUAGGGGUAAGGUCAUAGCUGGUGGAAAGACAUUUGCAGGAUCUCUGUUUAUUGAGCCAACAGUUGUAGCAGACGUUUCGUGGGACGAUCCUUUGAUGUCAAACGAGAUUUUUGGUCCUAUCCUUCCAAUUAUGAGAUACAGUGGCUCGUUUCAGAAAAUAGUGCAGAAAGUCGCUACAACUCACGAUUGUCCAUUGACUGCUUAUUUGUUCUCCUUUUCGGAUCAGGAUUUGGUAACCCUGAAAAAGUACUUAAGAUCCGGCUCAAUUUCAGUGAAUGAAACCUUAAUGUCUGCUGGCUGCUUCAUUUCACCUUUUGGUGGAAUCGGUAGCAGUGGCUUUGGUAACUAUCAUUCCAAAUGGACCGUAGACAGUUUUACCCACGAAAGAGCAGUCCUCAAGCAACCAUUAUGGGCCGAAAUCCUUUUGAAAGCGAGAUAUUUUCCUUACACCCAAGCUAAC